UAACGUCGUUAUAAGAUCGUAAAUAAGAGUCUAGCCGCGAUCUUGUUUUUUAAUUAUUGGAUGUUAAUAACGGCUAGAGAGAGGGAGAGUUUCGGAUUCUAAAUUUAGAGGAUUAUGACGCCUACGUACUUCGUGUAUCGAGAGAGGGGAUUUGGUUUUGACUCGCCAGCGAUCUCGUUUUCUGCCAAAGAGAGAGCACUUCGGUGUGUUCCACACACGCACCAGGAAAGUGUUGGAACCAACACAAGAAAUGGACUACUACGAUAUUUAUGGGACGCAUCGGCCAACGAGAACGUCCACAAAACCCUUCAGUAUCUAUUCGAAGAAACAAUCCACGCUUCCUCUAACAGUCGGUUAUUUAAGAGAUGAACAGCGAAGAUCUGCUGUUUGGCAGGAAUGGUACCAAAAGAAAGAUCUUUACUCCACCUACAACAGCAGCAGCAGCAGAUCGCUGAGUCGCUACAAUGUGGAGGACAGAACUCGUCCCUCCACGAAUUUUCAAAGGCAGAGCAAGGGUUUCGUUCGCCCCUCCAGGAAUACGGUGUGGACUGAUCUUUCGUACAGGUAUCCAAAAACAGCGAGGUACGAAUACAGGAGGAAUGAUGCCACUGAUGUGUUCGGAUUUCUACGACCGCCUGUUAAAUCGAUCCCCUUAACAGGCUGGAGAAACAGGCUAGCCCAACAAGGAUAUGUGGCAACAACGACAAAGAACAGAUGCCUACCCGAAAGAAAAUGGCAUUACUUGGACUUUGAUGAGGUGGAAGAGGAAGAUGAAGAUUAUGUGUACUGUACCAGUUGUGGUACAAGUGAGGAGAGUGGUGAUCAGAGGGAGAGUGUCAUAUCUCGUACCAAAAGGAUGAAGUUGCACAAACUGUCUUAUACACAGUCCCUUAUAGAAACUGCAAUCCAGGUGGAUACAACCGAUCUGGAGGAACACAUUGAAAGGGAAAAGAAACGAGAACGAAGAACAUUCCUUUCAUCCCGUCAUCAGUCGUGGUACGGUACAGGAUCCUACAACAGAUACCUCUCACCGAUGCCCUGGAGGGGAAGUUAUCCAUCCUCUCAUCGACCCUUCGGAGAACAUACAGAGAAUCUCAAAUCGGACUCUCCACGCGAGACCACUCCUGAUUUGAGAAAAUCGGCUCUCAACACGGAUUCGCCUCAGGAUCUCUUCGCCGAACAAAGAUGGCGGCGAUCUCUGGAAGAUCCGAGUUACGCAUCUGAAGACGGAUCCCCUAGCGAGACUGGAUACGACUCCUCCUUCACGGAUGCCGAGAGAUCCAGUUGCGAGACAGACGGUUUUUUCACAGAUUCCAUGGACAGAUCUUACAAUUUAAGCGAAGACUGCAGAGGAUCGUCUCCCAGAAGCACCCCCUUCGAUGUUGAGCGGUAUUUUCUGGACAUAACAGACGAACCGGACACACUUUUCCCCGAUCACAAUUCGCGAUAUUUCGUAGAAGGAGGUCCGACCACCGAUCUCUUUCCUCACGUCGAUAGUGACGCGUCGGCUCGUCGAGAAUUCCCAGUGGACGACCUCUGUUUCAAGUUCCGAUCGCUCAACGAGCACUCCUCUCAGCGUGACUCUGGUUUCGCCGAAAUAUGCCAUCAGGACGAUACUGUGGAGAUGGAAUCGAGUCGUGAGACUGCAAUGACGGGUCCCUGCAACGAUAUUGACGAAAUCCUUGCAGAUGCAGAUCUAGAAUCCGGGGCCUUUCGAACGUUCGAAGAUUUCGAGAGAAAUCUCCGACGACACGAAUCCAAUGUCAGAAACAGUGACAUUUACGGAGAGCAUUGCCACGCUCAAAAUGGGACAACGCCAGGACUUCGCUUGGAUGUGGAAGCUUAUGGCCAAUACAUAAGCUCUUGUCAGGAUAUCGAUGAAGCUCUGGGGACACCAACGCCUCUUAGUCCCGAAUUCGAGAACAUUGCGAUCCAACCUUCGAACAUGAGCCAUGAUUUCAACGUGUGGUCCAAUGAUGAUGUGGAUCAUCCUCAACAUGAUUAUUGUAGUAAACCUAACAGAUUCGAUGGGGUAAGUCAACACAAUUCUAUUUUAACCCUCUAUAUGGAUGAGUGAUCGUGUAAAGCAAGGGGUGGUGGCGCUAGUGGUUAAAUUGCUCCCGCAAGACUUC